AUGUCUGAGAUGAUUGAUCGAGUUGAAACGGCCAGCAUCGCCUCGAGCGACUCGUCCAUCGCAGACCUCCACGCGACCGCAGCCGGCCCCAAAGGCACGAUCGCCUCGCCAGCACCGGGUAGUGCACCUCGACCACGCGUCUACUUUGACAUGUCAGUAGGCAGACAAAACUCUCACAGCUACCCUUCUCAGCUGACGGGCUCUCUCCCCCUCUCUCCCUCUCUGCGCCUCCGUCGCCGACAGCACCAUCAAUGAGAACGAGGCCGGCCGCAUCGUCUUUGAGCUCUUCUCCGAUGUCGUACCCAAGACCGCAGAGAACUUUAGGGCACUGUGUACGGGAGAGAAGGGGACAGGGAACAGUGGCAAGCCGUUGCACUACAAGCACUCGACGUUCCACAGGUGAGCGCUCACUCGGCGCUCACUCGGCCUCGUUCGAGUUAGGAGGUCUUGGCUUGUGACUGAUCUCACUCGGUCAUCACUCUUGGCCUACAGGAUCAUCAAGAGGUGAGCGAUCAAUGUCGCAGAUUCGAUACCUUCCCGUUCUGCAUUCUCCCACCUUUGGCGAUCGCGCGAGCCCAUCAGGACCGCCCAAGUGGGGCUCCCCUUUUUGCCAAAACUGGAGCGAGCUGACCCCGUCGACGUUCCAUCUUCUUGCUUCUUGUCGCUUAGAUUCAUGUGCCAAGUGCGUGGCUCAGAAAUGGACUCGAUUCUUUAUGAACCAGACUGACUAGUCUUCGCACUUGUUCAGGGUGGUGACUUUACCAUGGGUAAUGGCAUGGGCGGUGAAUCCAUCUACGGCGAAAAGUUCGAGGACGAAAAGUGCGUCAUCGUGAUGGGUCAUGUAGGCUGAUGCAGCAAGCUACAGCGCUGACAUUACACUUGAUCCGAUCUUCCAGCUUCGAGUUAAAGCACGAUCAGCCCUUCCUGCUUUCGAUGGCCAACGCUGGACCGAGCACGAACGGCUCCCAAUUCUUGUCAGUGCCCAUCGCGUUCGUACUCUUUUGCGUCGGUCCACCCUUCUGACUGUGCCAUUACUUGAAUUCGUCACAGCAUUACGACUGUACCAACCCCUCACCUCGACGGAAAACACGUCGUGUUUGGAAAGGUCAUCAAGGGGCGCUCGAUCGUUCGUCUCAUGGAGAACGCUCCCGUCAAAUCCGACAGCCCGACGGAGAAGAUCGUUAUCGCCGAUUGUGGGCAAUUGGCCGAGGGUGAGGACGAUGGGGUCAAGCCCGAUCCUCAUGCCGAUGGUCACGAGGAUUACCCCAGUGAUGAUGAGAGUGAUGUUGGAGACGUGAGUUCGAAGAGAGCUUCGACGAUAUUCUGGAUGAUUACUGACGAGGACCUGGUCGCGUUUCAGCCCAACGUCGUGCUCAAGAUCGCAACGGAGAUCAAGACCAAAGGUACCGACUUGUUCAAAGCUGGCGACUUCAAGGCCGCACAGAACAAGUACCUAAAGGCCCUCCGAUGUGAGUCGAGGCUGAAGUUCAAGCCACAAGCACCCUAAGCCUGAAACAGUAGAUUUCUCGGUCCACAGACCUCGACGUACAUCCCGUGCUCCCGUCGCGCGACUAUGAUCUCGAACAAAAGUUCGUCGCGCUUCGUCUGUCCCUCUUCCUCAAUUCGGCCUUGACGGCACUCAAAACGUCCAACCCCAUCAAAGCCUCGGAUGCCCAACUCGCGAUCGACCAAGCGACCAAAGCCCUGAACCUCGACGGUGAUGCCGAUAAGCAAGAGAUGAGGACACCUCUCUCGGAUGCGGACAAGGCCAAGUGUUUAUACAGGAGGGCGUUGGGUAAAGUAGCGAUCAAGGAGGAGGCCGGGGCGGUCAAGGAUCUGGAAGAGGCUAGGACUCUGGUCAAGGGUGAUAAGGCUAUCGAAGCAGAGUAAGCUGCCACGAAUGGACGCAGCUCUCGGUCGAUAAUUGGCACCUGCUGACCUGAUUGGCUAUGAUCUGUAGGUUGGAAAAGACAAAACUCAAGAUCAAGGCCAAGAAGGAGGCCGAGCGCAAGAAGUUUGGCAAAAUGUUCGCGUAA